AUGUUCAACAACCUCCCGGUAGAGAUACUGUUCACCAUCUGCGAACAUAUCGGACAUUCGCACCCCUCUAGCGUGUUGUCCUUUGCGCUGACAAAUAAACGCAAUUACUCUAUCGCUUGCGCUAUCUUGUAUCGGACCAUCGUGGUCGAAGCUUGCCACUCCGAGCAGCUGGCCCUGGACACGCAGAGGUGCGAAGACUUGCUCCGCCGGGAUUCGGCAUUCCCCCAUGUCAGACGCUUCAUCGUGUAUGGAGGGUUUUGGAAGCCCUCUUAUGACAAUCAUUCUCUCGAGCGGAAACCUAUGCCGUUCAAGAAGCUCUUUGGGUCGCCUUACGACGACGACGAGGAUGACGACCAAGGGAUAAUCGUGUCUUUUGUGGAGGGACUUACCUUCGAGCGCACCCCUGGCCUGAAUAUUGGCCAACUGGACGCGUGUUGGGAGUCGCUAUGUCGUUUGGUUAAAUUGUUGUCCGGCCUGGCAGACUUCGUAUUCGCUUUGCCCGACUUGAUGCCACCUUGUCUUCUCGAGACGCUACACAACCAGUUUCCGGCGCCAUCUCUGACACGGCUGCGGCUGCAUGUCUUUGGCUUUGCCCUCUCCAGUCUCGCAGACGGAAAACCGGACCCCCACGAGCUAUCCCUUGCGUCGUCCCCCCUACUCCACCGCAUUUGGGUUCACUAUUGUGACACGGACGGCUACGAUCGAGAUGGUCGGCCGAGCUACCAUGGCGCAGUUGUUGCGGAGCUAGCAGAGGGCUUCUCGCCCAACCUAAAAGAUGUGCGUCUGUUCCAGGACUGGGGUGACCCUAAGGACCCAGAUGGACGCAUUUUACCACCGCCACCGGCUAGGAAGCGUUUCUCAAAAGACCCCCCUGCGAUUGGUUCCCUGCGGUGUUUGGAGGUUGCCGGCAUACAAAUGUAUCAUGACUACAGGGGACUCCCGGAAGCGGCCCUUCGAUGCUGGAGGACAAGCACCGAUUUUUCUGUUCUUCAAACUUUGAAUCUUCGCCAGAGGCUCGACCGGGGGGGGCUUGCCUUCCUGGAAGAGUGGUGCAGCUUUCCGAACCUCACAACGUUGACUUUGCACUACGAUACCCGUGCGGGUGCGGGCCGGGCGGACGCCGAGACGCUGCACAACUUUCUUUGUGCCCUGCCAAAUCUUCGCUCUCUCGAACUGCAGGGCAGUUGCACCCUACACCUGAAAGCCACCGCCUUCAACCCCGGCCUGAGAAGGCUAGGCCUCCCCAACCAGCCGGCCGAGCUAGAUUACGAACGCGGCCCCGAAGAGGUCAAGCUCUACCGGGUGCUCGGCACGCUCCCGCGGCUCCGGCGCCUGAGCCUCGCACUCGACGCCAGCUCGCCCACCGCCGAGAUACGGUACUUUAUCCCCAAGCGCGCGGAAUCCCUCGUGCUGCAAGGAAACGCGCAUCUCAGCACAGACUCCACCAGCACGAUACGAUAUGCCCCAACCCGCGCCGUCUUCAACGCCUUCGUCGAUAGCGCGGUCGACGCGAAGCUCGCCCGGGCCAUCUUCACGGCCGUCUCCCAGGGGAAAAAGAACCCCGUCGCCACCAUUACCAACAACACCGCGGUGCUGCCCCUCGAGAGCCUCACCGUCUCGCGUCGUCCGCGCCGGCGACUGGGUGGUUACGCUUCAUGCCUUUCAGGGGCAUAUGAUGCGCGCCGCGCUGAAUCCGUUACCUGA